AUGCCAGUAAAACUAUUUUCUGGGAAAGUUUGUGAAAAUUCCUCCGUUUGUUGGCCAAAAUUCAACGUUAAAUCUUCUAAAAUCAGCAUCAAAAUGUCCGUGCGACGUGUGGCAGUUGUAACAGGAGGCAACAAAGGCAUUGGCUACGAAAUCGUGAAAGCAUUAUGCUCGAAAUUUGAUGGAAUUGUUUACUUGACAGCCAGAGACGAGCAACGCGGCUUGGACGCGUGCAAGAAAUUGGUCGAAGAAGGCUGCCAAAACCCACCUAAAUUCCACCAGCUUGAUAUUGAAAGCAAAGAAAGCAUCGAAAGGCUUCGGGAUUAUAUAAAAGCAAAGUAUAACGGGCUUGAUGUGCUUGUAAAUAAUGCGGGGUUCGCGUACAAAAAGAAAUCCACAGCGCCUUUUAACGAGGUGGCAGAGAAUACGAUGAGAAUAAAUUUUACCGGUACUUUAAAUGUGUGCAGAUCGCUAUUCCCUUUGCUCAAUCCACAUGCCAGGGUGGUGCAUGUCGCUUCUAUGGCGGGGACGUUGAGCAUAAUCAGGAGUGAAUCUUUGAGAAACGAGUUAACGAGGCCCAAUCUUACCGAAUCGGAGCUUGUUGCUUUGGUGCAGGAGUUUGUGGAGGGAGCCAAGACGGGUGACCAUGAGUCGAAAGGGUGGCCGAUGAAAGGAUACGCCGUAACGAAGUUGGCCAUCAACAUCCUUACUACAAUUCAAGCUCGAGAUCGUCCGUAUGAUAAAGACACGGAUGUGCUCAUCAACUCGUGUUGUCCCGGAUGGUGCCGAACGGACAUGGCCGGCCAGAGUGCCUCGAAGUCUGCAGCCGAGGGCGCGGAGACACCUGUGUUUCUUGCAUUGAUCCCACCCGGUCAAGAACAGCCGCAUGGGAAGAAUUAUUCUGAGCUGAAAGAAAGAUCAUGGAAGUAG